AUGUCUGGAAAACUCCAAAGCGGCGCAGUCUCUCCUACACCAAGCUACGAAGGGGAUGAUAUGCCAUCUAACGACACCGAAUAUCAACCCGAUAAAGAUAGCGUUAACCUUGUUACGACAUCGAGAUCUGACCAAAUGGCACCAAGAACCAGAAGCCAAUCGUCCAAGUCGGCCAAGGGGUGUGGUCCGCCAUUGUCACGAUCCGACUCAACAACACCAGUUGCAGCAGCUUCGUCCCCAAGCAACGCUAAGAGAUGUGACGAGGACAAUCAACUGCCGAUAAAGAAGCGACUAAUCAAAUGCGUCAAAAAUGACUCAGCCCAUGGGAUACAAUAUCUCCAUGACCGUUUCAGGCAGGAGAGGGAAUACAUCGACAAUCGUUUGACGGAGGAGCGAGAGAAGCUCCACGAAGAAAUCGAUAUACUGAAAAUGGAGAUGUUAGAGGGCGCAAAGAGAGAGAAAUCCGCUGCUGAAAAGGUUACAGACGACACAAUCAAGAGCAAGUGGAAUGCACUGCGUUACAACAUCCGAAGUGUUGUCUUGAUGCUACGAUCCUGUGAGCCCAAGGGCGCCAAGGACACGCCAGAAAUUCUGCGAUUGGGAAUUCCAGAGGCAGAAUUCAAAGAUCUACCACAGGAAUACUUGAGAGAGAUUUUCGAGGGGUAUUUGGAGCUAUACAUAUGGGAAUUUAUCUACUAUCAUGUUUUCCUCGGACAAGGCCGCCAGUGGAGAGGCAACAUCUUCAAACUCUUCCAAAUGGCGAGGCAAGAAGCCAUUAGUACUGAAAAAGAUCCGAAGAAAAUAGCCGAGUUUGCUUUAUGGUUGUCCCAAGGGGGCGAGGCGAGCACGUCCCAGCUGGACAAAGAGCUCCAGCAGCCAAUGGCCGAUGAGUUUGCAGAGUCCAUCUUCGCCAUGUUUCAGUCGCAGCCAAAGACUAUUCAUCAGAACGAUAUCAAGGAGGUUCUUGGAGUGGCAGUUUACGACGCCACGGAACUUGCCAUCAUGUUCAUGUCGUCCAAGGCUCUUCUCCUCCCAGCCUGGCCGUUUCAUAGGCCGGUCGAGAAUGAUUGGCCUACGACUGAUUUUGAGAAUGAGCGGUUGCCGAAUGUCAAAUCGAAUGACAGAUUCCUAGUAUUCAGGCCUGCUUUGUUAAAAUUUGGCAAUGCCGACGGAGAGAAUCACGAUGUUCAUGUCAUCCUCUGCAAACCGGCGCGGCUCUACUUUUGA